AUGCUCAGAAGAAAGGUAACAUUGAAAAUCGUGGUCUUAAUUUCGGUGUUUGUGCUAUGCCUACUGACUCUAACAACUGUCUCCAAUACACACAGAAAUCCAGUAACUUCUAAUAGUUUUAUCCCAGAACCGGUGACUCACUCUUUGCCAUCAUGGAAACAUCAGGCUUCAUCAGCACAUUUGUUAACCCGUUUCAGAAAGAUGGAAUAUAAUCCGUUCAGAUUUGUUAAUUACUUGAACAGCCAACAUCUUGCUCAAGAAACAGAUAAAACAAAAGUCUGCCAACACAUGGAGUACCAGACCAUGCUGCAAUACAGUACAGCCACUCAUCCUAUAACUCCGAAUUAUAAAGCAUUCAGUACUUCUUUGUAUCAGCGAAAGUCUCGCCUACAUGGAUUUAUGAAGAAAUUGGCACAUGGCCAGCCUAUAGAUACCACUUUUAAAGAUAAAUGGUUCAUGUUUGGGUCUUCAAUAGAAUGGUUAGAAGAUGAACAGUGCUAUGUCGCGUAUAGUAGGCUAAUUAUUUCUGAACGCAAAUCCCGUGGACAUCCAUCAGUUUCCCUUAUAGCAGCACAAGCGUUUGACAAGGAUUGGAACGAACUCAUUGGGAAACGUAUAAAAUAUGUCGAUAUCGACAUACCUGAAGAUUUUGAUGACCAACUCAAAGCCAUCGAUGAGAAGUAUAAUGCCUUUGCUAAAUGUGUUGAGAAAAGUGCUGAGGUUCACAGCGACCAGGCCAAUUCAGAAAACUACGAUAAAUGUGCUUCACAGCACAAAGAAAACCAAAAACUUGCUGAAGUAGAAAAACAGGAGCUCAUUAACAGAUAUUUUAGAGUUUAUCCAACGGUCUUGGAUAUACCUUUUAAGACAACAGGGGAUUUGCAAUUCAUGGGACCAGAAGAUCCCAAAGUUAUAAUACGCAGAAAUCUAGAUGGGACGCUAGAGCCAUUGGUAUUCUACAAUCUGGAAGAUGAUAAUUAUGAUAGGAGGUUAAUGUUUAUUGUUAUGCCACACAGGAAGAUAAACCCUAUUAUGCCCUUAGUUGACGAAGAAUUCACUAUAACUAGGAUACAGAAAAACUGGUCACCUUUCAUUAUGGAUGGCGAUUCUGUAAAAGGUGGAUCUCGCGGAUUUGUACAUAUUAUCCAACAUAUUGUUCCAACCACGGUUUUAAAAUGCUCUUUAGAUGAUGGUAAAUGUAGUUUUGUAUUUAAUGCCAGUGCCAUAGAGGGAUCACAAAGCAUUGAAUCGAGGGACAUCAGAGGUGGAACAGCAUUUAUAAGGUUACCACAGGGAAUACCCGAAUUUUCAGGAAGAAAUAUUUGGAUUGGGGUAAUUAAAGUCCAUAUAAAGGACUGUGGAGGUACAUCCCAGUUCUACAGACCGCACUUGGCGUUAAUGGAGGAAAGGAAUGGUGAAUAUAGCUUUCUAUCUAUCUCUAGCGCAAUACAUUUCAAUCGCGAUGUUUUAGGGUGGGAUUUAGAAAGUACAUCUAUGUUUUUUGUCAAUAUUAUGUCUCCAAACUCAAUUGUGAGUUGGAAUGUUGUGUCGCAUGAUCAAGAGACAGAUACAUACGAGGACUAUAUGGAGCUUUCCUUCAGCGAGGCAGACUUUAAUAGCCAUAUUCUAACAUUAAAGGGUGUUAUCGACUACGUUAGACAGGUGCUACGAGACUCCGAUAGCACGAAUCAGGUUUCUGCACUUGAACCGCAUUCCAGUUUGGCAAUAUCAAAAUGUGUAUGCUCGCAUCUUAGAGAAUAUUGCGAAGGAUACGGAAAGCUCCAUGAACAAUAG